CGCCGAUUAUCUAUAUAAGUCACCGCUGCUUCAGUGUGUGUUUUCACAGGCAUUUUCUGGGAAGGAGAGCUUUCUUAUAAGAUAGAAGAGAGAGAAUUUUACAGAGAGAGAAAGAGAAAGCUGAGUUUUUUGUUCUCUGUUCUUUCUCUGUUUUUGCAGGCUGAGGGUGAUAAGGACGAGCAAUUGUGAUGACGUCAUCACUGAGUAGAGAUCUCAUAUUCUUGAUCUUGCAGUUCCUUGAUGAGGAAAAGCUCAAAGACAGUCUUCACAAACUUGAGCAAGAAUCAGGAUUGUUCUUCAACUGGAAGUAUUUCGAAGAAUUGGUGCUCGCCGGGAACUGGGAUGAGGUCGAACGGUAUCUUGCCGGUUUCACGAGAGUGGAUGACAACCGGUAUUCAAUGAAGAUCUUUUUCGAAAUCCGGAAGCAAAAGUACCUAGAGGCUUUAGAUAAGCUUGAUCGGGCUAAGGCCGUUGAUAUUCUUGUGAAAGAUCUGAAAGUUUUUGCCUCUUUUAAUGAAGACUUGUUCAAGGAAAUUACUCAGCUCCUCACAUUGGACAAUUUUAGAGAAAAUGACCAACUCUCUGGUUAUAGAGACACAAAGACAGCAAGAGCAAUCAUGCUGGUUGAACUUAAGAAGCUUAUCGAAGCAAACCCGCUUUUCCGCGAGAAAUUGCAGCUCCCGAGCAUAAAAACUUCAAGGUUAAGGAUGCUGAUUAACCAGAGCUUAAAUUGGCAGCAUUCCCUUUGUUCAAAUCCUAGACCGAAUCCUGAUAUAAGAACCCUCUUUCUUGAUCACAAUUGUAGAAACCCCAAUGAAUCAUUUGCGCAACUAAAUGCGAGCAGUCAGAUGAUGAGUUCUGUACCGAAAGCUGAUGGUUUUCUUCCAAUCGGUGCAAAUGUGCCUUUCCAACCAUCACCGUCAGUUCAAGCAACGCCGUUAUCCACUUGGAUUUCAAUCCCCCCAACAGUAAAUCAUCCAGCAGUUUCUGGAGGAGUUUCUGGUUUUGCUCUGCCACAUCCAGCUGCAAUCUCAAAGGGUCCUUCAGAUUCUGAUGAUGCAUUUAAGAAAACAAGAUUCUCUGGGGUUUCAGACAGGAUUAUGUUGCCAGGAAGUAAUCCAGGUCAUAAUCCAGGUCAAAGUCAGAACAUAACCUCUAAUCAAGUCGAUGAUUUCCCUAAGACUUUUGCGCGGACAUUAGAGCAGGGCUCACUUCCCACAAGCAUGGACUUUCAUCCUGUUCACCAGACACUACUUCUAGUUGGAACAAAUGUGGGAGACGUAAGUCUUUGGGAAGUUAGUGCUAAGGAGAAGUUGGUAUCGAGGAAUUUUCAGGUUUGGGAUAUUGGAGCUAGCUCAAUGGCAUUAAAGGCAACUCUAAUCAAGGAUCCAAGUGUCUCGGUUAAACGCAUAUUAUGGAGCCCCGAUGGUUCCUCAUUUGGAGUUGCAUAUUCUAAACACAUGAUACAGUUACACGCUUACUAUGGUGGUAGUGACAUCCGGCAGCAUUUGGAGAUUGAUGCUCAUGUGGGCAGCGUAAACGAUAUUGCAUUCUCAACCCCUGCUAAACAACUAUGUGUUAUAACUUGUGGUGAUGACAAGACUGUCAAGGUAUGGGACGUAGCUACAGGUAAAAGGCUGUUUACCUUUGAAGGUCACGAUGCUCCUGUUCAUUCUAUAUGUCCUCAUAGCAAGGAAAACUUCCAUUUUAUCUUUUCAACAUCCGUGGAUGGGAAAAUAAAAGCAUGGUUAUAUGACCAUAUGGGAUCUAGGGUUGAUUAUGAUGCUCCUGGACGCUCGUGCACAACGAUGCUUUACAGUGCAGAUGGGACAAGGCUUUUUUCUUGCGGAACAAGUAAAGAAGGGGAGUCUCAUGUUGUUGAAUGGAAUGAAAAUGAAGGAGCUGUGAAGAGGACCUACCAAGGGUUUAUUAAACGUUCAUUAGGUGUUGUUCAGUUUGACACAACGAAGAAUCGUUUCUUGGCUGCUGGUGAUGACUAUGCAAUCAAAGUUUGGGAUAUGGACAAUGUGAAGUUGUUGACCAUUAUUGAUGCUGAUGGUGGACUGCCUGCAACUCCUCGGAUUCGAUUCAAUAAGGAGGGCACAUUAUUAGCUGUUUCUGCAAAUGACAAUAGAAUAAAAAUUUUAGCAACAAUUGAUGGUCUUCGCUUGAUGUGUGCAUAUGAAAGCCAGUCUCUUAUUGGUUCAAGGGUUGCAUCAGAGGCAGUAACAAAGAAUGGUUGCACAAGAAACUUGGAGGACAUGAAACUGAGAUUAUUACCUGCAGCAGACGACAACACAACAAAAACCCCAAAGGUCAUGGAGAUAAAUGAAGCUUCUCAUGUUCGAUUAUUGAGGCUCUCAGCUAUGGUUAAAACAGAUAAGAUCUUAAGGUUGAUAUACACCAAUUCUGGCACUGCCAUUUUGGCAUUAGCAUCAAAUGCAAUCCAUUUACUGUGGAAGUGGCCACGGGGUGGCAAGGCGACGACUAAGUUAGCCCCUCAGUUAGUGCAACCAACAUCAGGCAUGCUAAUGACCAAUGAUCUAACCAACGCUAAACCUGAAGAUUCUCCUCCGUGCUUUGCUCUGUCCAAAAAUGAUUCCUAUGUCAUGUCAUCCUCUGGAGGGAAGAUAUCUUUGUUUAACAUGAUGACAUUCAAGACAAUGACGACUUUCAUGACUCCACCACCUGUGUCAACAUAUCUUGCCUUCCACCCACAAGAUAACAACAUAAUUGCUGUUGGCAUGGACGACUCCACAAUUCACAUUUAUAACGUUCGUGUGGAUGAGGUUAAGAGCGAGCUAAAGGGUCACACUAAACGAGUCACUGGUCUUGCCUUCUCUAACGUUUUGAAUACACUGGUUUCUACUGGAGCAGAUGCACAGAUUAUUUCAUGGAACACUGAAAGGUGGGAAAGUCAAAAGAACACUUUCCUGCAAAUUCCAGCUGGGAAGACGCUUGCAACGAUGUCAAAUAUGCAGGUCCAGUUUCACCAGGAUCAGAUACAUAUCCUUGUCGUACAUGAGACUCAGCUAGCCAUAUAUGAAGCAACAAAACUUGAAUGUGAAAAGCAGUGGGCUGUAGGGGAGUCUUCAUUGUCAAUAUGCCAUGCCGUUUUUUCUUGUGAUAGUCAGUUAGUGUAUGCUAGCUUUUUGGAUGGUGGUAUACGAGUAUUUGGUGCUUCGAAUCUUCAAGUGCGUUGCCAGAUUAACCCUGCUGCUUAUCUUCCAAACGAUAUCAGUAAUGCUGUACAGCCUCUGGUUGUAGCUGCACAUCCUCAAGAGCCUAACCAGUUUGCGAUAGGACUGACCGAUGGCGGGGUGGUUGUGUUUGAACCACUUGAGUUAGAAAACAAAUGGGGUAUAUCUUCUCCUAUUGAAAAUGGAUUGCCAAUUAGCAGUCAGACCACACCUCCAGUUUCUGCUGCUUGUUUGGACCAACCCCAGGGGUGACAGUAAUAACUAAAUUAAGCAAAUUUCAGGGCAUUCUUAGAUUACCCUCUGCUUAUGUGGGUUUGGUUUAGGUUAGUUUGGGGAAUAUUUAGUAUGAUUAUGUUUUCAUUAGCUUUUCUUUUCUAUGUAGUUUUUCAUAGAAUGAUCUAUAUAUAUAUAUAUAUAUAUAUGUUUGAUGAAUAA